CCCCUCCGCACCGCUCUGUCCCGCACCCCGUCCGGCUGGCGCAGGAGGUCAGGGCCGCAGAGGUGCCCCGCUGCAGCCCACUGCUGUUCUCGGUGCCCGCCGCGGCCGCGCAGCGCUCCACCGGUCCGCACAACGUCAGCUCGCCCUCCCCACUGCGUCUGCCCUGCUCUUGCUGGCUGACGUCAGGAUGCAUGGCCGUGACCGAGCGGCCGGCGCUCGACGUACGUGCGGGGUUCAGCUCCAGCAGCGGGUCGGUGCAGCAGGAGCUGCUGCUGCAACCGCUGCAGCCACCGUGCCCCGCUGCAUCCUGGCGGUUGGAGCAGCCGCGCGGAGCCCGGCGGCCGCACGCGGCGGGGACAUGCUGCAAGACUGCCGGACGUCGCAUCCGUGAUCCCGGGCAUGGAGCAGCGGGCGGCCGAGCGGGCUGGGGGCUGGUAGUGCCAGCAGCGGUGCUGCUCUUCUCCGCCUCGCCCUGCUGUCGGAUCCGAGAUCAUGUCAGUUAAUAUUGUAGCUUUCGGGAAUGAGAGAGACGUGCUUUCUGAAGACAGCCAGCAAUCGAGUCUGAUGUGGAGCUAUCUCAGGAGGAGCGCUCUCAUUUCCGAGAUCGACAGCAGCCCGUCCGCCGAGCACGCCAGGAGCCCCGUCACCACCGAGUACCAAGCCUGCGUCUUCGGCAAUGUCAGGCUGGUGGUGCACGACUGCCCGCUCUGGGAUAUAUUUGACAGUGACUGGUAUACCUCUCGCAGUCUCAUUGGAGGAGCUGAUAUUAUUGUGAUUAAAUACUCUGUCAAUGACAAGACUUCAUUCCAAGACUUAAAGGACAGUUAUGUUCCAAUGAUAAAAAAGGCAUUAAACCACUGUUCAGUUCCAGUAAUAAUUUCUGCUGUUGGUGCAAGGAAAAACGCAGUGCCCUGUACGUGCCCGCUGUGCACCCUUGACAGGAGGAGCUGCGUCACCACCUCCGAGGGGGCUCAGCUGGCCAAGGAGUUCGGAGCCACCUACCUGGAGCUGCAUGCUCUCAAUGACUUCUACAUACAGAAGUACUUUGGAGGCGUGCUGGAAUAUUUUAUGAUCCAAAGUUUGAAUCAGAAGUCAUCUGAAAAAAUGAAGAAAAAAAAAAAGACCCAGAAGUGCCAUCGAGUGCAACCACCUCAGCUGGAACAGCCAGAAAAAAUGCCCAUUUUAAAAGGUGAAGCCUCUCACUACGACUCCGACCUGCACAACUUGCUCUUCUGCUGCCAGUGUGCAGACGUGGCCUUUUACUCAGAAGACUCCAGCAAAGUGGUGGAAGCCCACAAGGUCAUCUUGUGCUCAGUGAGCCAUGUCUUCAUGCUGCUCUUUGAUGUGAAGAGUCCCGCGGACAUCCACGACCCCUCCAUCCUGCGGACAGCACAGAACCUCUUUGCGGUGGAGGCCGGGGCUGGACCUCCCGCUCCUCGUGGCAUGCCGCCAUGCAGUGUGCCUGUCAGGGUGGUCGUUAAGGACUCUGUCUUCUGCUCAUGUCUGUCAGACAUCCUGCACUUCAUCUACUCAGGUGCUUUCCAGUGGGAUCGAUUAGAAGAAGAUAUAAAAAAGAAGUUGAAAGAUUCUGAAAAAACUGAACAUGUGCUUGAGAAAGUUAAAUGUAUCCUGAAAACUCCAGGAAAGUUAAACAAUUUGCGGGACUGCCGAUCUCACCAGAUAAAGCGGCUGUACAAUACUUCUCUCAGGCUGUUCUUUAAUACGCCUGUCCUGGCAGAUGUCAUCUUCACAAUACAAGGUGCAACUGUACCAGCCCACAGAGCAGUUCUGGUAGCUCGCUGUGAGGUAAUGGCAGCUAUGUUUAAUGGUAAUUAUCUAGAAGCAAAUAGUAUUCUGGUUCCGGUGUAUGGGGUUUCCAAAGACACUUUCCUCUCCUUUCUAGAGUAUCUUUAUACCGACUCCUGCUGUCCAGCCAGUAUUCUCCAAGCUAUGUCCCUCUUGAUCUGUGCAGAGAUGUACCAAGUAAUGAGGCUCCAGCACAUCUGUGAGCUGUACAUUAUCACACAGCUUCAGAGCAUGCCUAGUAGAGAACUGGCAUCCACAAGUCUCAGCAUUGUUAGCCUGCUCAAAAAAGCUAAGUUUCACAAUUCUGAUUGCCUUUCCACUUGGCUUCUUCAUUUUAUUGCCACUAACUACCUCAUCUUCAGUCAAAAGCCUGAAUUUCAAGAUCUUUCAGGUCUUCAAGGUCUCUUCUGUACUUUGGUCUCUGUCCCAGUUGGUCUGGGACUGAUGCAGGAUGAUUUGGGUAUGGCUGGAGUGCAGGGAUGAAAAUGCAUACUUCAGCAAAGGCAAGGAGAUUUUUCCUAAAUACUGGGACUAAUGACUGUUAUGUGAUAUUAUGGUGUCAGUGACAGAAAACAUGGAAUGAAAGACAAAAAUCCUGCUAAAUUGUUAACUGACCUCUUUAUCUUGUUUUUUGUAGUCUCAACACAAACUGUUGGUAUAGAGAUUGAAAUGCCCUCCUUUGUAGUGCUGGAGCAUGGAAAAGCUGUUGCAGUUGAUUCCCAUGUUUAGUUAUCUUUUGAGGAUAAAGAAUAUUCAUCUUUAGGAUGACCUCUCUGCUCUCUUUAAUAAGUAUCGUAUCCAUUUUAUCACAAAACAUAUUUAUUACUGACAGUAACAAGGGAACAACAUCUAAAAACUUUCACACCCUGUGCACUACAGUAAGAGCUAGACGAAAUGGACAACAAUAUUUUUGACUUGACUACUUUAUUUGCAUUUAUAUCCCUGAUGUUUUUAAACAAAUUUGAGAGACUUUUUGUAGCCUGUGCGUUCAUGCCUGUGUAUAUAUUCCAUUUAAUUCAUUUAUUGCUUCGUUUAGUGGAGGAGCGCAAUUUCGUAGAGAUGCACAGAUGGCCAUCCAAUUUGUACCUGAAGCAACUUGCUGAAUACAGGAAUUACAUCCACUCUCAGAAAUGCCACUGCACAGUAAUGUAAGGAGACUGAACAUUCUGGCAGUGCCUCUCAACUGGGAAAUGUCUAAAUGGGGAUAAUAUGAAGUACAAAAAUCAUAUCAACAGCAAAAAUGAACACUGAUGUGCCCUUGAACACUGUAUGCAAUACUGUAGCACACUUACUAAUGUACUUCACUUUGGUAAUAAAUGAUUCUACUUUUUUUUUCCCUUGAAGGUGUAUCAAAUGUAUCAUGAAGAAUUUUUGAGGUAUGAGGAUUCUGCAUUUACAGGGCUUAAACUGGGUCAUGUCAUAACUGCUAUCUAUUCCUCUUUUAAUUGAAUGUCCUGGUCAUUUUUGCCUGCUAAGGUGUUGAAAACAUAUUUUUUUUCUAAACCUGUGUAUAGUAGGAAUAUGAUCAUCACUGCUAGAAUGCUGAGAGGCCAACUCAUAGUAUCUCAGAAUACAAAAAUUUACUGCAAUUUACUGGUUUGCAAAAUAAAGGGUAACAUUAAUAUAUGCUUUAGUAAGCAUUAAUUUCUACUCCAUGUAAAGUUUGUCCCAUCUUUCAGUAGGAAUCUUAUAGUCAUAUAAUCAGAUAUUUUAAUCCUGGGGAAUGCCUAUGCAUCAGUAUAUUCUUUAGUGCCUGCCAAAUGUCUAAAAAUAGAAAUACUUUUUCCUCCCAGUAAAUAAGAUAAGACAGCCUGGUUUCAUAAUCUGUAGAGCAUUUUUGUUAGUGCAGUCAUACCGAAUGCAUGGUUAUUUUCUCAGAUAUAAGAAGUGAAUCUUGAAUACUGUGCAUAGGGUGACCUAUGCAGCAGACAGCCUUUAAGAGUACUUUCUUUGGAUCACAGACCUGAAUCAUUCAUUUCUCUUAUUAUUAAUAUUGUAGUAUGUAUUAAUAUUAAGGACAAAUUAACCCAACAUUUAAAUUGAGAGUAUCUGUCUGAGCAUAGGUAAUUUCAUUAUCAGUCUUCUUGUACUUUUUUCCACUUCUACUUUGCCAUUUGCUGCUAAUUUUGUUAUGUGUUAUCUGAGCCUAGGAAGACAAAAGAAAGAUUUAAAAAAUUGUGUUUCCCCAAAUUUCACAGAAAACCAUCUCAAAUGUACCAGGAAAUUGUAUCCGUGAGAUGAAGAUGGAAAUGCAUAUUGGUGGAGGUGAAUCCUUUCUGCCUAUGUGAUCUUUUUUACUAAUAUUUCAUUAAAUUUUCAUAGGCAAAUUUUUCUUUUCAAAUUUCACACUAGAAUCAAAGGAAUGUUUUUUUUUAUUUCUGGUGAUGUUUUGCAUAAGGUGGAACAAUAUUUUCUAUUCUGGGAAAGAGAAAGUAAAAUUAUUCUCUCAGCUGGCUAGUGCAGGGUGGAAAUUCUAAGAUUAGUUUUAUAUAAGAAUGAUGAAUCACUUUAGUUUUUAACUUGUAAUCAGGAGACCUUAGAGUUCAUUAAAAGAUGAUAUACCACUGCAUUUUGCACAUAUAUAGAGCAUUACAUUGCUUGUUCAAGAUUACUAAAAAAAACAGAAAAAAAGAUUAGGAAAGUAAUAUGUAUUGCACUUAAAUUUAAAGAAAGGUUUUUUUUUCCUAAUUAUGUCAUUCACCUUAGUAGAAAUUAAAAGCAUAAAUUAGCUGGCUAGAUAAGAGCAAAACUUGUAUUUUCUCUGAGCACAAAGUCAUGAACAAAAAUGGGUACACAGCUGAACUUUGCCUUGCCUGGAUACCUGGCUGCAUGCUCAGUCAGUGUAUGCUUCUGGAUCAGCAGCCAGCUCGAUCACUGAUGAUAUGGUUUAUAUGCCUCAUAGUGACUACUUGUACAAAACUGAGGCAAACUUAUGUGAAUGUUUGCCUGUAUUGCAUGCAGUCCUAAAUUUCUAAUGCUUUGAAAGCUUUCCCAGUCUUUUUUUUUUUGCUAGAAGUUAGUAUUUUGCCAGUAAUUUAGUUUAGAUAAGGAAUGAUGAAAUACUAUUUUUAACUUUAUGCAAAUGUUUUAUAGACAUUUAAAAUAGGCUUAAUGGAUAUAUGAACUUUGUAUCCAACCAAUAUUUUGAUAUUAUGGUAAUCACAGGUUUUAUACAGAGAAACCAGGCAGUGCAAAGAUAUUUAUUAUUUAUUCACAGGUUUGCUGCAUAUUAUUAUUCAGACAUUAAAACAGCUUUCUGCCUUACUAAGUAUCCCCAUAAUGCCACCUGUAUCAGGCGGAGAUAUGUUAACCUUGCAGAUAUAGAACACGAGAGAAAUUUAAAUUCUUAGAAUAAUUGUAAUUACAUGUUCUCAUUUUUAUUCUGUGUGAUGAUUUUCUGUAGAAAUGUGUUUCUCCUAAAACUGUUUUUAAAACUGAUUGCUUGACAUUUGAAAACCUAGGUGAGAGUAGAUCAUGAUGCUUGGUUAUUUGCUGAUUAUAUUUUUUUUUAGUAUUCUCAUAGACAGUACAGUACAAACAGAGAUCGUGGAUCAUUAGAAAUUAUUGCCCUAUUGAAUUUUGUAUUUGUGGAAAACUUUGUAUGAAUAAUAUGUUAAAAUCUUUGAUAUGGUAUAAAGUAAAAAUUAGGAAGCAGUUGGAAAGAGUUAUUUAAACAAGUGAAUUUGAAAAGAGUAAAAUACAGGCAGAGGAAAACUAAUGUGUUACUACUGUAGGAAAUGUACUGUUUAAGAUGUUUUACAGGCAAUCCAUAGAGCUAUCCUAUUAGUAACAUCCUGUUCACUUUGAAAUAGACUUGCCAAAUUCUGAUAAACAACACGUUAUAUAGUGAGCUAGUUUUCUGGUUUUGUAACUGCCCCAGAGCUUUUUUGCUCUGUGAGAACUAAGAUUUGCAUCUAGACAGAACCCACAGAACCAGCAGCUGCCUCAACAUGAUGGCAUUCUAAGCUACGUUUCUUACAGAGCCCUGGGGGUGGCAGGCGGAGACCCAAAUGUCUCGAUGCCAGGCCAGGAGAGUUGCACAGGUCCCAGCAUCUCCUGACUCCAAGAGCACUGGGAACCUUGGAAUCAAAGAAGGACGCAGGUGGUAAAUGUCAGUAAGCUUAGGCAGUAGCUGAGCAGAUUUCAGAGGGUUUGAGAUUACAGUGUUGGACAGACAUUUAGGUGGAAAUCUGGCUUCUGAAUCCUUAAUUGGAGAUAACUCUUGAUAUUCUCUUUCAGAAGUGAAGUUGCAGUUAAGUAAUAGAUUGUGCCACAUAAUUCUUGCCGUGUGUAUGUGUAUGCUUGUCCCAACCUAGCACUAAGUCCUACAGAGACUAAUAUAAAACAUUUCUGCACUAAUAGUGUUUUCCACAUUAUAAUUAAUGGAUGUCUGCUAUAGUCCUUUAGGUGUUGGUGUGUUUGAUUUGGGAAAACAAAAUUAGAAGGAAAAAAAUGUUACUCCAUUAUGUAUAUGCUUUUUCUUUUAAUAUGCCAUGACUAAAUGUAUAUGUUAUUAGAUUUAAUAUUUAAAAUUUUGUUAAAAAAUAAAAAGAUUUUCUCUAGUCA